UUUUCAUCUUUUUUUUCUGAUUUUGGUCCUUAUUUGCUGCUGUUAGCAGCAACCCAUCACACCUUUUCUCAGAGAACAGCUGCCAGAAGAAUACUGCGCAAGAUGUGGCUCGUUGAAGAGCGGCAGUUGAUUUGAUAAGGUUAUCACGAUAGAGUGGUCACGGAAAUAUGCGUUCAAACAGGACAUGCGCAAGAACGUGGCGGGCAAUAAAUCGCUUAUCGGCAGUUUCCAAGAUGUGCUUCGCGUAUCAACAUUAAAAGGCCUGUACCAGCACAAACGAGUCCUGUUCGAUAAAACACAUCAUAAGAACGUAGCAGCACCGCACAGCACUGACCCUGCUCAGCUCUCACCGAAACGUCCUUUCCAUUCUUUUUGCACAUUUUCCUUGCCCUUCGAAUGCUCAACCAAUCCACGAUAUCAGCGUACCACGAUCUUCUGCUCACAACCAAUGACCUUUCAUCUGCUGUGGCAUCUAUUCUUACGUCUCCGGUGUUCCAGGAGUACACCAACCUGUCAACGCUCAUCAGCACGCUGCUCAAGAGCCCGUUUUACGUGCACCGGCUAGCCGUGUGCUACCUGCUUCCCCACGCCAGCAAGAGCGUGUUCUACGCGCUUUUCAACGAUAACAUACAGCUGGUAUGCCGUACAGCGAUGGAAUUGUUGCCGGCCGGCAUGCUGACCCACAGCGAGAUACUGGUGUGUUUGGAAGCGCUGGAACAGAAGAACGAUUAUUUGCAGUGCGGAGCAGUUGAUCUGCUCUCCAAGUUGGAUGUAUGGACCGAUAGGAUUCACUACUUCUUGAGAUCGGUGUCGUGGCGCGUACGUUUCUCGCUUGCCAAGAAAAUUGAUAAGCUGAGUGUGUUUUACAGGGACGUGUACGAUGCUCUGAAGGACGAUGAUGUGCUGUUCAUCAAGAAGGCGAUGAUCUGUGCGUUGAAGGAUGAUGAUAUUCUUUAUUUUCUCAGGUCUGAAGAUGAGGAAAUUAGAUGCGAGGUUGUUAAGGAGAUAUGGAAACGAACAGCGGAUGGAAGCGGAUUUGCGUACUUAAAGGACUGGAUUGAGCGUGGGAAUGAGGACUUGAAGGACACGAUGGAGGGAAGCGAACUUACACGUUCAAACGACCUGGGCAAUGGAAAGGGCAUCAAACGUAGAAGUACGGCCAAAAAGAGCGAUAAGGAUAAACAAGGCGGUAAUAACGAGCAAGAAAAUACGAAAGACAUGAACGAACCGAUCUCUGAUCGCUCACAUGCACCAAUGAAUGAUGAGGAGCACGUGUACCUGGCAGUGUCUCGUGCGAGGGAUGAGAUGACCGUGGAGGAGUACACACAGUUAAUCACGGAUACGUGCCCUGAUGUUCUCAAAUCAGAUCUGCCCUCUUUCUUGAUGAAAGACCCGUCAUCAAAGGUGAAGUUUCAUCUUUUGAAGCUGCUUAAGACCAAGAAUCUGGUCCAGCAGUUCAUCAACAGCAGUGACUGGCGAGAAAGAGAGCAGGCCCUCGAAUAUUCUCUUGAUAGCGACCUUUACUUCAGUUUCUUGGUGGAUCCGGUUGCACAGGUACGUUAUAAAGCGGCUAUGUCAUUUCAACAGCCGCUAAAUGCAGCAACGAUCGGCAACUUAGGAAAGAUCGUGCAUUCUGAUAACUACCUGCACAGGAUAAACGUGAUACACGUGCUGGUGAGCAAUGCGAACGAGAGUAUGAGGGAGUUGCUUGAUGUACUGUCCAGGGACAAGAUCGUGAAUGUUAGGGAAAAGGUGCUGAGUGUGAUUGAGAGUGAGAAAGCGGUGUAUUACAGCAGCAUUGUUGAGCAGAUGGCUGAUGAUGAGAAUGAGGAGGUGUGUAGAAGGGCUGAGAGGGUGUUGCGCGUGUUAAAGGGCCUGUGAUGAAAGUACAGGGGUCCAAGACGAAGAUGUUGAAUAAAAUGAGGUGCGGGGUAACAAAGUAAGGGCAGAAGCACUGAGAAUGAAAAUCACCAGAUGAAUGUAUUAAUCGAUGGUAGGUUGUAAUUUAAAUGUACAAUGAUCGGCAAAUAAACGCUUUAUAAUACGUUC